AUGCGCAAUACAGGACUGCUGUAUCUUCCAAUGGACGCGCUCAUCGCAGCCUCGACGACCACCUCUUAUAUCAUGGGACUGAAGUCUUACUUCCUUGGGAAGGAUGUGCAUUACGCGACUACGGCAGCGACUCUCAUCUUUGUCAUUUCGCUCGGUAGGUAUGUCGGGGAGAUGUUCAGGACGUCAUCAGCUCCGACUAUCGCUGCCUUUUCCAACAUUGUUCCUUCUGAGGCUCGUCUCUUGCACUCGCCGACUCCGGUUUCGUCGCAUACAUUAAAGCCCGGCGACUUUGUCGUUGUUGAGGCUGCUCAUCGAUUUCCCUGUGACGGCAGGCUCGUGGCUUAUCCAAACCAAUUCCAGACGCUCAAUCUCAAUAUCGAUGAGAGCAUACACACUGGAGAAUCGAUAUUGGUGAAGAAAGUUUGGGGCGACAUCUGCUUGGCCGGGACCAUCAACUCUCACUCCCAGGAAAUCAUCAUAGAGGUAAUCGAAGGAGGUCGAAAUCGUCUCGAUCAGAUCCUAGAUGCCGUCCUUGAAGCACAACUGCAGAAGUCCGAUAUUCAGCCAUGGCUUGAUCAGGUUUCUGAGUACAUGGUUUCGUGUGUGAUGUUCUGUGCAUUUAUCGCCUUCUUGGUCUGGCUUCCAGAUGGCUUCGACACAGCCGCCACGUUCUUCUCAACAACGUUAAUUGUCGCAUGUCCUUGCGCGUUUGGUCUGAGUGUUCCGGCUAUGACAAUGAUUGCAUGCUCCCUUGGAGCGGCAAAAGGAGUUGUUGUUCGAGCUGGUGUUCAAGCUUUCCAGAAGUCGUCUACUGUCACCACCAUAGUCUUUGACAAGACCGGAACUCUGACCACCGGAGAUAUUAAUGUCGUUCAUUACAAGAUUCAUGGCCGCUGGGAAGAACCAGUAUGGUGGCAAGUCAUUGGUGAAGCCGAAAAGCAAGUCGCAAAGGAAGUCGCUAAUGCCAUUGGCAUUCAGAACGUUUUCGCUGAGCUCACUCCUGUACAAAAGAGCGACAAGAUCAAACGCUUGCGAAAAGAGGGCAAAGUUGUGGCUAUGAUAGGUGAUGGCAUCAACGACACUGCUGCUCUAGCAGCUUCUGAUAUUGCCUUCACUCUCGCUCGAAACGCCAAUGCAGCAAUCAAGGGAAGCAUCUUCUGGGCCGCUUUGUAUAACUUCACGCUGCUUCCACUCGCAAUGGGCGCAGGCGCAAGAUGGAAUAUUAUCAUGACGCCGUAA